UCUUACUCUAGGAUGAAUGCCUUCAAUAUCUUACUUUACAAGAUUGUCAUUAACUAUCUCAGACCCAAAUCCAUAUUAAAGACUGAUGUCUCAAACUCUGAAGCAAAGUUGAUGUACGCCAUUAACAUUGGUUUUUAGUUCUCUCUGCCUCACACUAUCCUUAUGUACAUGUAUAGGACAAUGGUAAAGGAUAAGGGACAACUCCUUUAUUCUGCUCUUGUCACUCGUUUGUUCAAAUAUCUUAACAUUCAGCCUCCCAAAAUUCCGUGUGUUCGAACCAUUGAUCCAAUGGUAGUGGGAUUGAAAAUGGUUUCCAAGAUACGUUUGAAGGAGCUAAACAAGGCUUUGGAGCGCUUUAAGGUGAAGACCCCUGUCAAGGCACGACAAGACUUUGCGGCUGGAGAAAGGAAAGGCAAAGAGCCCAUGAUAGCACCAUCUAAGAAGAGGAGAGCACUCAUCUUGGAGGAUGAAGAAGAUGAUGAUGACAUCACUAUCUCUUCUUUUGCUUUGAAGAACUUACAGAGUUUUGUUACAGAGACAGAGGAUCGAGAGAACCGAGACAGAGAAGAGACAGAGCAGCGAGAUGUAGAGAAAGAAGCGAUGAGGGAAGAAGAAGAAGAAGAAGGAAGAACAAAAGACGUAGAGAAAGGAAGAGAACGAGCAGAAGAAGAGGAUCAUGGUGAUUCUUGUGCAGAGGAAGAAGGACAAGAUCUUCGUGAUAUUGAAGAAGAGCAAGAACAAGAAGAGUACUUUUCUCCACCUGAAGGAACUAAAACGGGGGGAGCUGCUAAUAAAAGAGGUCAAAGGCAUUCAAAUAUGCAAGAAAGUUUUGUCACCAUCAAAAAGGGGGAGAUUGUUGGAGAAAACUCUCUUAUUUUGAAGUUGACAAAACGUUUCCAUCAGUCUAGUUUGAAGACUUCAAGACUCAAUUAUUAAAGUAAGAUGAACUCCAGACUCUAUCGUCAAAGUCUAAAGACUGCAAGACUCAAGACUCAAAGUCAACCCACACUGCCAGUUUCUUGACCAACGAAGAGAAGACUUAUUCAGAUACGAGUUUAUCUUUAAGGAUUCGGUUCGUACGGUUUGAAGAAGAUUUUAUGGUUGGAGAUAACACAUUGUGAUCAAUUAUUCUUAUUGGAAUCAAUUCGAAUAAUCAAGAACUUUUGAAAGGCGAAGUAUACUUGGAAGGUUCUACUUAUGAAAACCUAAAUCCUAAUUGUAUGGGUGAGCAAGAUUUGUGGACUAUCAUCACAUUCCUUAAACGACUUGAGAUAUCUUUGAUUGAUUCUAUCCAACAGGUAGAUUGGAAGAACUUCUUUGGAAAGUGUCAACGGAUAUAGAUGCAUGAAGGAGUAUAUAAGGAAGACGCUCAAGUUGUUCGAGUGUGUGCGUGAAAGAAAAAUUCCAAGAUCUGAAAC